AUGGCCAUCCAAAGUCCUCACGUCGCCCAGCGUCGCCCAGCGCAUCGCAAUCGCCUCGUUCCUGGUAGCAGACUUCUGGGGCCGGAUCCGACCGCAGGUCCCGUGUUCAUGACCUAUGGUCAGGCAGUGCAAAGGGAUGCCAAGGGUUUCAACAUUGCUGGAUGUGGCCGCCAGAUUGAAGGCCACCCGGCGAUGUCCCGAGCUGCCGAGAAAUUCUUCGAGGUACUGAGUUUGGAACCGGACAACAUCUCCAGUCACCAAAAUCUUGGCACACUCUACCUGGCUGCCGGUGAUUUUGUCAAAGCAUUGGAGCAUUCGGAGAAGGCCUACAAAUUGGACCCUCGCUCCACAGAGGCCAUGAGUACCAUCGGCGCAGUGUGCCGGCAGCAAGGCAACUUCCAGGUGGCGGCGGAUUGGUAUCGAGCUGUGCUACGCUUGAGUCACUGCGAGACAACAGCUCUGAACCUGGCGAUCUCGCUGAUCAAUCAUGGGCUGCAAAUCAAAGCGUCGGACCCUAAGGGUGCCAUCAGAUGCUAUAGAGAGGCGCUGGUGAACUGCCCAAGCAAUGCAAAUGCAUACUACAAUUUGGGCGUGUCCUAUGCGGAGAUGCACAAGUAUGACAAGGCCCUCAUCAACUACCAACUCACCGUGCACUUCGAUCCUCGAUGUGCAGAGGCAUACAACAACAUGGGUGUCAUCUUUAAGGAGCAGGAGAAUCUCGAAAAGGCCUUGAAAUACUACCACUUGGCCAUUCAGUGCAAUCCCCGUUUUGCGCAGUCGCUGAACAACUUGGGUGUGGCAUACACCACCUCUGGGCGAUUGACUGAGGCAUUCGAAUACCUGGCCCGAGCGGUCUCAGUCGCGCCCAAUUAUGUCAGCGGCUCAGCGUCCCACUGGGCUGAAAAAACGAACGUUGAAACGCCACUGAGGCCGAGGCAUACAACAACCUGGGUUGGCUUUUUUGGGAUCACGGAGAUUUGGCGCAGGCCGGUUGUUCGACCUUCGUUGAAGGAUAUUUGGUGA